AUGAGUAAUUUAUCGUUACACGACGAGAACGAUUCAAAUUCUAGCACAAUAAAACAACACUCGAAAUAUCGAGCAAUGUUCGAUUACUCAUUGUCAACACCAUGGUAUCGAAUAACAGCUGGGCCACAUUCGAAGCAAGUUGAUAAAAAGCACAAACUUCUUAAACAUCCAUUUCUAAUUCAAUGGAAUCCGAUGGACAGAAUCGAACAUCGUAAAAAUCAUAGUACGAUUGACUCAAAUCCAAAGCGAAGAAAAAUAGACGAUUAA